AUGCUUUAUCGUACACAAUUGAAAGACUUGGCAAUAUCGCAAAAAAAUAAGUUAAAAUUAGGUCAUGGAGGAACAUUAGACCCUCUAGCAAGUGGAGUGCUAGUAAUUGGAGUGAAUGACGGGUGUAAAAGACUGCAAGAUUAUAUUAAAUGCAAAAAGAUAUAUGAAGCAGUUGGGAUGUUUGGAUUCGCUACAGAUACUUAUGAUUCUGAAGGGAAAGUUAUAGCAAUUGGACCUACAGAGCAUAUCACCAAAGAAGAUAUUUCACAACUACUUACUAAAUUCAUAGGAGAUAUUAUGCAAGUUCCUCCAAUGUAUUCUGCUCUGAGAAUAGAUGGUCGACGUCUUUACGAUUAUGCACGUAAAGGACUAUCUCUUCCAAGAAAUAUACAAGCUAGAUCCAUUAGAAUCGAUUCUUUGUCUUUAUUAGAUUUUACUACAAACCAUAAUUUUCAGAUUCCAAAAACUGAUAUUACAAUUACGGACAAGAAUAACCAUGUUGAAAAUAUUAAUCAAGCAUCUUAUCCGAUUUUUAAAAUUCGCGUAGAAUGUGGAAGCGGAACUUAUAUUAGGUCAUUAAUUCACGAUAUAGGAAAAGAACUUGGAAGUGCCGCUCAUGUAGUUGAAUUAAAAAGACUUCAACAGGGCAAUUUCAUAUUAAAGAAAAAUACUCUCGAAUGGAAUGACUGUUUAAUCUUAAAUAAUAUCUUUGAAGCUCUAAGAUAA